AUGGCAGAUCCAAAGGCAGUUUUCGAGAAGUACGACGUCAACCAAGACGGUACAAUGUGCUCCAAAGAGCUGGAGGCAGCGCUGAAGGACAUGGAAAUAUCAGCCAGCCCAGAGUUUCUGAAGGAAAUAAUGGCACAGUACGACAAGGACAAAAACGGCUCUCUGGAGUUCCACGAGUUCAAGAAGGUCAUUGCCGACAUGAAGGCCAUCCAGGUAGCUACUGUGGCAGACGUCCGGGACCUUUUCAAGAGCUUUGACAAGGAUGGGAGUGGCUAUAUCGAGAAAGCCGAGCUGCGGGAGGUGCUGACUGUACUCGGGGUGGGGAAUGACGAGCACACGGUCCAGGCCAUGAUCGCCGCCGCUGACACCAACAACGACGGCAGGGUCAGCAUCAUCGAGUUCAGCAGGAUCAUCGGGCACGGCGACGAGUAGCACUGCACUGAAUCAUACCUUU